UCAAUUAAUUAGGGUUAGGGUUUUGCAGCAAAAACUAAAAACCCCAGCUUUGACAUUCUUCAACAACAGAAGCUAAAAAUAAGUAAAUUCCAUUAAAAGAAUGGGUAAGUGCCCGAACAACAGGAAGGUGAAGAAGAGAAGAUACUCUCACAAGACAGCUCGCCUCACCAAAUUCCUUCGCAAAGGUGACGAUGCCGUUUAUGACGAGCUUCAAAAGCGAGAUUCCGAGAAGAAUCCCUUGCCUUUUGACGAGGAUUUGCCUGGGAUGGGCCAAUAUUAUUGCUUCCACUGCGAUCGAUACUUUGCAGACUUGUCAACGAGGGAUGAACAUUUUAAGACAAAACGUCACAAGAAACGUUUAAAAGAAAUGAUGGGGACUAAACCACAUACUCAACUUGAUGCUGACUUAGCUGCUGGGAUGGGCAUGCCAGAUAAUGGUCCAAAGCUUAUGUCUAUGUGAGCUUUUUUUUUUUUUUUUAUGAUUCCUUUAUGUAUGGUAAGAUUAUGAGUGAGUUAAGUUGGUCCUGAUAUUGAAAGAUAUACUCUUUCUUUUUGUAAAAAUUUUGUUUUAGCAUGACAGUUGUUUUUUUGUACCGGGACAGUUGCUGGUAUUGCUGAUAAAGAAUAGAUUAAUUUUACUGUAUACUAAUUCUCAAUUGCAGUGUUUGUGAUGUGAUU